AUGUUUUCACAAUCACCCAACGCUCUCCUUGUCCUUGGGCUUCUCUCUCAUUCUCCAUUCGCCCAGUGCAAACAAAACACCAUCAUCCGCGAUGUCGCAAUUAUAGGCGGUGGUGCCUCGGGGACUUUCUCCGCAGUGAGACUUCUCGACCAAGGCAAAUCUGUCGUUCUUAUCGAGAAAGAAAGUAUCUUGGGCGGCCAUACCAAUACAUAUCUGGAUCCGCUCACCAAACAGACUGUGGACUACGGCGUUGAGGUCUUCCACAAUCAACAGGUGGUCAAGGACUUUUUCGCCCAUCUGAAUGUAUCCUGGAUAAUAACGAAGCCAAGCUUCGGUGCAUCUGCGCCGAAGUACUUGGAUGGAAACACUGCCGAGCAGGUCAACUAUACUAGUCCCGACCCGACUGCGGCGCUAAUCGAAUAUGCGACACAAUUGUCCAAAUACAGGCAACUCGAGCUCGGAUUCUUUCUGCCAGAUCCCAUUCCGGAUGACUUGUUGUUACCCUUUGGGGAGUUCCUUUCCAAGUAUCCCGACAUUGGCAAUGCGACCUUCACGAUAUUCAGAUUCGGGCAGGGCCUGGGCGAUUUUCUUGAACAGCCGACAUUAUACGUGUUCAAAAAUUUCGGUCUGGACGUUGUACAAGAUAUCGCCAGUGGCUUUUUGGUGACAACAAAUCAAAAUAACUACGAGAUAUACGACCAAGCCACGCGAAUACUCGGACCCGACGCCUUGUUGAGCAGCUGCGUGGUGUCCACGCACCACAGAGACAACAGUGGAGUCCAGCUGGAUGUCGAAACACCGACUGGUCGACGAAUAGUGAGAGCCAAAAAGCUAUUAGUUGCUAUUCCGCAGAAACUCGAAAAUAUGAGCCCUUUUGCUCUUGACGACCGCGAGUCCGGCCUCUUUGGCGAGUUCAUGAACACGGGAUACUACACGAGUUUGCUGAACAACACAGGGUUACCAGCAAACUUCAGUUCGUGGUCUGUGGGCGCUAAUACUUCAUACCACCUUCCCAAACUGCCCGGUGUAUACACGGUUACCUCAACGGCUAUCGAGGGCAUCUUCGAUUUCAAAUACGGCAGCCCGCAUGCUCUGCCGGACGACUACGUUCGCGGCGAGAUAGCUUCAUACGUCAAGAAAAUGCAGGCCAACGGGAUCGCGGAAAAGGUACCUGGAGAGCCAGAAUUCGUGCGGUUUAGCAGCCAUACUCCAUUCGAGUUGACGGUGUCCCAGGAGCAAAUCGCAAAUGGGUUUUAUGAAGAAUUAUAUGCUUUGCAGGGCUACCGCAACACGUGGUAUACAGGGGCCGCAUUUCAUACGCAGGAUUCAUCGAUGCUUUGGAACUUCACAGAUUCGACCGUACUACCUGCGUUGCUGAAGUGA